UUUUUAGCUUUACUUUUUACUACGAGAGGGUAUUAUAGGGAAACCCUGAGCACCGGGAACUGGUAAGCAGCUGCGAAAAGGCAGUCACUUUAAUUCCACUUAAACACCAUGGUGUUUUCCGUCAAUUCCACACUCAGAAAACGAUAACGCUCUUCAACUACCUAGCCGGCAACUCUCCCCAUCACGCCGGUGACGGAAAUCUCUACGCUUUUCCAAUAAUAUUCCUCCACCUCACCACCUCCCCAACUCCAAUUCUGUCCACGUGUCCCUCCCAUUCCUAUUUCCAUACCCCACCUUCUCCUUCUCCGUCAAUUCCCAUUUUCCUCCGUCAACGUUUCUCGUAUAUAUAUAUACACGCAAAUUCAUUUCCUUAUAUUCUCUUCCUUUCUCUCUUUUGUUGUUUGUUGUUUAUCUGAGGUUAUCAGAUCUGAGCCGUUGAUUGUUCCGAGUACUUUGCAAUGGACGAUGAUGAGGAGAUUCAGUCACACGCUUCAGCGGCCACCGGAUCUCCGUCGCCGUCUCCGCCCAACGGAAGAAUUACUGUGACAGUUGCUGCCGCACCGCCGUCUUCUCAACAGGAGCAGCAAUCGCCGCAACGGAUUAACAACAGUAGCUUAGCCAUCAUCCCGAUCCAGCAACCAAAGACCAACGGCGGCGGUAGAGAAGACUGCUGGAGUGAGGGAGCGACAGCGGUUCUCAUAGAUGCUUGGGGAGAGAGAUAUUUAGAGCUGAGCAGAGGAAAUCUAAAGCAAAAGCACUGGAAAGAAGUGGCAGAUAUCGUAAGUAGCAGAGAGGACUAUUCAAAGGCGGCGAAGACUGAUAUUCAGUGCAAGAAUCGGAUUGAUACGGUGAAGAAGAAGUAUAAAUUAGAGAAGGCGAAGAUUGCUGCAGGUGGUGGACCGAGUAAAUGGCCGUUUUUCGAACGGCUAGAUCAAUUAAUUGGUCCAACUGCUAAAAUUCCUGUUACUGCUACUGCUGCAGCUGCUUCUUUGUCUAACAAAGUUCCUGUAGGAAUUCCUGUUGUUGGGAUUCGCAGUGGGUCUAGUCAAUAUCAGUUUGGAAAGGCCCAAAUGAAGAACAACCAAAUUACAAAAAAUCAGAAUGCGAAAGCACAGUUUAGAAAACGAAAUCAGGUGGAGAGAGAGUCAUCUUCCGAUGAAGAGGAGGAGAAUUUUCCUGAUUCAGAUGAUAGUUUACCACCGGAAAAGAAACCGAGGGUUGUUCAAAGAGGAGUAAAUACAAAAAUAGGGAAGGAAAAGAAGGGAUGGGGCAAUUCAAUUAGAAUGUUGACACAAGCGAUAUUGAAAUUUGGUGAAGCGUAUGAGCAGGCAGAGAGUGUUAAAUUGCAACAAGUUGUGGAGAUGGAAAAGGCUAGGAUGAAAUUUGCUAAAGAGCUUGAGUUGCAGAGGAUGCAAUUUUUCAUGAAGACCCAAAUGGAGAUUUCGCAGUUGAAGCGUGGAAGAAAAGGAGGAAAUGGAAGUAAUCACCUCCACAGUGGUAACAAUCUUAUUCAUAAUCAUAACGCUAAUAACAACAAUAGUGAUAGUGAUAACUAAGAAUGGUAGAUUUUUGGGUUAUAGUUGAAGUUUAGAUUUUUUUUUUUUUUUAUAACAUUACAGAUUGUUAGAUUUUCUCUGUGUUAUGUGGGUAAAAGAAAAAUAACCCAUUGAAUUAUAUGGAGAAACUUUGUACUGCUGGGAACUCGUAGUGUUGGAUGUAUCCUGCUUAGUGAUUAUGAAGCUUAAUUUAUGACAGUUCUUUUAACUUUUGUAGCAUGUGUAGGGAUAAGAGAAUUGAUUAAUAUUUGCUUCUUUUCUUCCAAAAUGUUGGCAACUUCUAGAUUACUCUUGAAGUGAAUGAAUGUCAAUAUAACCCUCUUGUGUACAAUUUAAUAGCA